AUGUAUGCCAAUAAACGACGACAACGAAAUUUCAAACGAGUACGUGAAGUAAUAAAACCUGAAAUUGCAAGUAAUCCAAGCAAACGACAUCGUGAACGAUUGAAUAGCGAAUUGGAAAUUGUUGCUGCGUUAUUACCGUAUGAACAAAAUGUUAUUUCAAGGUUAGACAAACUUAGCGUAUUACGAUUAGCUGUUAGUUAUCUGCAAAUUAAAGCACAUUUUCAAGCAUGCUUACAUCGAUAUAUUUCUAAUUUUCCAUUCGCAUUCGCUCACAGUUAUCCGUUCAUUCCAAUCAAUGAUAAUGCGACAAUUCCGUAUGGUGGCGGUAUUCCAACAGCUAUCCAUCAUAGUUCCGGACAAUCUCUUAUCGAUCCAAAUGAAUAUCAUUUCGAAAAUAUGGCUCUAAAGGCACUUGGUGGUUUCAUUUUGAUAUUAAAUGAAAAUGGUGAUAUUUAUUAUGUAUCCGAAAAUAUUGAAACAUACCUUGGAUUUCAUCAGUCGGAUAUUCUUCAUCAAUCCUUAUUUGAAAUGAUUCAUUCGGAAGAUCGGGAAGAUAUCAAAUUACAGCUAGCCUGGAAUUACAAUAUUCCACUUCAUGUGACCUGUUUACAAGAUAUUUUAACACCUAGUGGUAUGCCUUAUUUAGAACGAAAUGUUAGUGCUCGAUUUCGUUGUUUAUUGGAUAAUACUUGUGGAUUUCUGAGGAUAGACGUACGUGGAAAGCUAAUGAGUCUUCACGGUUUACCACAUUCCUACCUAUUAAACAGGAUUGAAAAUCAUUUAUCCGGCAAUGUUGUUCUUGGUUUAGUUGCUAUUUGUAGUCCAUUUGUUCCACCGAAUAUUAUCGAUCAGCAACAAAUGGAUGAUCCGAUCUUGAAAACGAAACAUUCUCUUGAUUUUACACUUAUUUCAACAGAUAAUCGAAUGAAAGCUUUGUUAGAAUUGGACGAGACGAAUUUGCCACACAGUUUUUAUAGUUUAAUUCAUGUUGACGAUGCGAUAUGUCUUGCAGAAGCUCAUAAAGAAGUAACAAAGAAUAGUGCAAGUGGUAUAUUAAUUUAUCGCUUAAUUGGUAAACGAAGUCAACGCAUCUAUUGGAUUCAAAGUAGCUGCCGGAUGUUUUAUAAAAAUGGUAAACCGGAAAUGAUUGGUUUAACACAUCGACUUUUAACAGAAGUUGAAGGGAUGAUGUUACUCGAAAAGCGUACAUCACUAAGAGCUAAAUUAUUAUCUUCUGAUGAUUCAUUGUUACAAUCACCUGGAAAUUUGCAAUCCACGGCAGCAUUAUCAUCAUCAUCCUGCGAUAUUGGAUCAUUAUCAUUUUAUAUGGCUAAUUCUGAUAAGAAUCGUUGUUCAAUCUCAAAGCGACACAAUACACAAUUUUUAAAAUUACCUUCAAGACAGAAACAGCCAAUAUCGGUACCGAUAAAUCGAGAUUUAUCAACACAAGCAUCAGCAGCAAUAGCAGAAGUUCAACGAGAGCAACAUUUAUCACCACGUGGACGUAAACGGAAGAAAGAGAUCAAUAGCAUUAAUGCUAAUCAAUCAUCCAUCUUAUCAGUACCACAAUAUUCAACCUUUAUGAUUCCAUCUACAAGUAACGAUUUGAAAGAAGCACAGAUGCAAGACGAACGACAACAACAAAUGAUGAUUGCUGCUACAGCAACUUCUUGUAUGAAUGAUACUCGGAUACCGCGGAUAACUCAAAGCGAAAAUUUUACCACUACUGCUACAGCAAUUCAUAGAGUAUCGGAAACGAAUACAUCAAUGAUCCCGGGAUUACUUCAUUUACCUCAGGAUCUAACCGGCUUUUCGGCACUAACACCAUAUUUUUCUUCCGAUAACAAUACUGGAACAGUAGAAAAUGAUCAAAAUUAUCAGUGGUCAUCAUCAUCAUCAAUGAAAACGAACUAUUGGCCAUCAUCAUCUGACUUGUACUAUCAGAAUUAUAUGACUAAUAAUGCUGAUUAUGCAACAACAAUUUCGAGUGGAUUUUAUUCAUCUCAAAUGGAUCAAAAUAAUUUGUUACCUAGAAGGAAUCGUGUAGAAUAUCCAACAUUUUUUACUACCAGCGAUUUAACUUCUACAGUUUCCACUUAUACACCAACACCCGCUCAGUUGCUAUUAUCGUCAUCGGAAUUAUUACAACCACCAACUGUUGCACAACAACCCACAAAUUCAAUGUUCAAGUCGACAGUAUUAUUUGAAACACCGGAACACUCAAUAACAGAUACAUUUAGUGGAACUAUUAGUGAUUACACUCAAUCAAUGCAAAUGAUAACGGAUGAUAACGAUGGAGAAGUGGUAAAUUGUAGCAAUACAUCAGGUCCGACCAGUUUUAAUCUAAUUUCCGAAGUAGCAAAUACCCUUCUUGGAUAA